CUGUUGAGGCAAGAUGGCAGCUACUCAGAAACACAACCUCUUCACGCCAGAACCUCACUACAUCCCUGGGUGAGUGCUGGAGGAGGCGGGGGGUCUGCGGAGGGCAGGGGAGUGGGACUGGGGCCACAAGGCUCAAGGCCACCUGUGAAGAGAGCACCAAAGCUAGUGUCUGGGGAGAGGGGAUGAGGCCCGAGGGCCCCGGAGAGGCCCCGGGCAGGGCUGCCGAGGCCCCUGCCUCCCCUCCCUGCUGGCCCUGUCCUGAGAGCCCCACCAGAUGUGCCACAUGCCUGUGAGGAGCGGGACACCAGGGACAGCCCAACAGUUGGCGGAGGCUGGCUGCAUUCACCCCGGAUACCACCUGGAGUGCUGCGUGUCUUAGAGACACAAAGCUCCGGACAAGCUGAUUGGCGGGACGCUAGGCCACCCCACUAGGGGCCCUAACGUGGAAGCAAAGAGGGAGCCCCCCAUGGCGUAUCAUGCGUGCUUCUCCGUGCAAGCGGCUCCCUGGGAAGGAAGGGCGGCUGCAAGGAGUCAGGCCCCACUUUUCUCAGUGGUUCUAGGGGAAACGCUGGGCCAGGCGACAAAGGACGGGCUCUCACCCUCUGGGCUCUAGCCCUGCUUAGCUCUCCCACUAGCAAUUCUGCGUUCACUCUGGCAGUUUUUUCAAAACCACUCGCUCUACUGGGGUGAUCAUACCGGCCCCAGGGCUCACCCCCUUUGGGGCCUGCACAGUGAUCCCCCACUACUUCCCCUUGUAUCUCUAAAUGAUACUCAUCUCAAUGGUCACCUCCUCCCAGCAGCCCUCCUGCCUGCCUCUCAAUUCCUGAGCAAAAGUCUCUGCCAAAUCCCUGCAACGCUUCCCCAGUGGGACCACCUUGUGUAGACUGGGCUGUGCCUCGGUCCAGGCCCGGACCCUGUCACUUCCCUGGGAAUGCGUUGAGGGGGCGGAGUUCCCUGUUCCCUCCUUCUUCAGCUCCUGGCUUGAGAAGGGCCAGGCGGAGGGUAGAUGGCAACCUGAUGGCAAGGAGGACAGUGCAUCUCACCUGCGGGCCCGGCCUCCUCUCGGUGCUUGGUCUAUGCCACCCAUCCAUGCCUCAGGAGCCUCAGAAGCCCGGUGCUCCAGGGACUGCCAUUGCGCGGUUUCCCCGGUCGGGCGGCUCUGCCCCUGCCUGGGGGCCGGCUCCACACCCUGUGCACGGGGGCCUGCCUCCCCCUCCUCUUCCCUCUGCAGCUACGCGGGGUUCUAUCCGCAGCUGCGCUAUCAGGUGGGGAACACCUACGGGCGCACCACAGCACAGCUGCUCACAGACCCCAGCGUGCAGAAGAGCCCCUGCUCCGUGCUGUCCCCCAUAUCCAAGCCCAAGUUCAUCGAGGACUUCAGCAAGCCCAAGCCACCUUGGAUACCCUGCCGGGACCUGACUGAGCCCUAUGUCCCCCACUACACCGGUCUGAAGCCCUACAAGAACUUUGAGAUCCUGGGCCGGUUCCCACCCCAGGAGGGGAAGGCCCAGAAGGGGCCGCAGGGGGUAGAGAGCAUAUCCAGGCAGGUCCUGCUGCCUGCGGGCUUCAUGCCCUAUGCCCCCUACCCCCCAUGCCCGCCAGGCAGGAAGGGGGGCUCCAGAGACUUUGGACACCCAGGCCUCCGGCUGGCAUAUGGAGAGGAGGCCUGGAAGAGCACCACCCCCGUCCACGAGGCCCCUGGGCGGGACCAGCUGCACCACUGCAGGAGGGAUGAAUACCCACCCCCUGCUCAGCAGCAGGAGACCCUAGACGUGGGCAGGUUCCACACGCUGCCACAGCUCGACCACCCCAACCUGAUCCAACGCAAAGCCAUCUCAGGUUAUGCUGGCUUUGUCCCCCGGUUUGCCUGGGUGAUGGGGGUGAACUACCGUGACGGUGUCGCACAGGCCAUGGAGGAGUUCAGCAAGAACCAGUUCCUGUUCAGAAACCCCAUCUGUGCCCUGGGGGAGCGGCUGCCCCAAACACACCCGCCUGGCCACACCAUCUACAGCAGCCAGGGCCUGGUCCCCUUCUACAUGGGCUUCGUACCAUCCACGCAGGACAACUACGCGCUGACGUUCGGCAAUAGCACCCGCAAGGCCUAUCGGAAGGAACUGGAGAGGCGACACCAGACACUAUGAAAAUGCU